GGGUGGUAAGGGGGGCGAUGGAGGCGGUAAGGGAUUGGAGCCGGAGGGACAAGGGAGAAACUUGGGACCCCCUAGGUGGCCGUCACCGCCGGCCGGGCGCAGCUCAAGGGGAUCUGGGGAGGACCAGGCCGUGCGCUCCUGUGGGGCGGGGGCAGUGUGCAUUCAGGGGAAGAGGAAGGAGGUAUAUCCUGGCCCGGGGAUCAGAAUGAAAGGUGGGGAAGGCGCACUCUUGGAGAAGGAGGAGGAGGAGGAGGAGUGGAGAAUAACGCCCUGGGGGUGCUUGGAGAGGCGUGCGCUCUGGUCUGAGGGGGCUUGGCGAGGGGGGCGCUGCUGCCUUGCCCAGCGGUAGAGCGCCUUGGCAGGCGGAGGCUGGAAGCCAAGGAGUGGCAAGGUGGUCUUAGAAAUAAAGGAGAUCUCCCGGAGGGAUGAUCUGUGGGGAGGCAAGGGGGCAAGACUGUGGAAGAAACCAAUGCCCCCCCCCCGGCCCUUUCCCUGGGGGCUGUGCCCUGUGUAGGCCUUGAGCAAGUCAGGGCAUCUGUGGGUCCCUGGGGCCUGCGCAGUUCCCGCAUCAAGAGUCCCUUCCCUACUUCGUGUUUGUGACAAGAUCCCCCUCAGAGUGCUUGUGGGUGUGACACUUUCUUCCUAGGGUGUGUGCUGCUGCCACCUCCACCAUUCUGACUACCCCUCUGUAUAGGUGGAAGCUGCGGUAUCCUACCCAGGCUUUCCAGUGGAAGCUGAAAGCAAUGGCCCCUUUCUUCUGGAAGAGGACCCCAGCACUCCACGGUUUCCGGUUGCUGAACCAAACUUCACUUGGCUGGAACAAGGGGAGGAGCUGCCAGACUCAGGAGAGAGACAAGAGCUGAUAGUCGUGUAUGCAGGCUCCGACGUGCCACGGGAGGAAGAAGAAGAGGAAAUGGUGCAGGAAGUGAAAGAUGAAGAGGCCGCGACUUGCCCCCAGAGCUGCGAUUGGCCUCGCGUGGAAUCAGAGGAGAAGGGUGCUGCCGCUCCUGUUGUGGCCGGGGGCCCGGACCCUCGCCCCUUCCGCUGCUCGGAGUGCGGGAAGGGGUUUGCUCAGAGCUCCAACCUGGUGAAACACCAGCGGAUCCACACGGGGGAGCGCCCCUUCCGGUGCCCCGAAUGCGGCCGGGGCUUCAGCUGGAGCUCCUCACUGGCGGAGCACCUCAAGGCGCACGGCGGGCGCCGGCCCCACGCCUGCGACGAGUGCGGGAAGCGCUUUGCCCGCGGCUCGACGCUGGCUGAGCACCAGCGGGUGCACACGGGCGAGAAGCCCUUCCGGUGCCACCAGUGCGGGGCCCGUUUCUCACAGAGCUCCACGCUGGCACACCAUCUGCGCACGCACUCGGGCGAACGCCCCCACGCCUGCCCGGACUGCGGGAAGCGCUUUGGGCGCCGGUCCACCCUCGUCACUCACCUGCGGACUCACACCGGCGAGAAGCCUUAUUGCUGCAAGGAGUGCGGCCGCUGCUUUGGCGUCAGCUCUGACCUCGCCAAGCACGUGCGCAACCACCAGGCGCAUGGCAGCAGUGGGGGGCAUACGGGGGAGGCGCAUCCCCUUCCGGCUCCCCUUCCGGCUGCCGACCAGCAGCGCCUCCCCAAAAUAGAAGACACUUCGCCGGAGGGCUCGGAACCAGCUGGGCAGCAAAGCAAUGGUGCCGAUGGAGAAGAAGGGGAAGCGUGUACAUGUCCUGAGUGUGGGGAGCAUUUCAGCCAGAGUUCUGCCCUUACUGCCCAUCAGAGGAUCCACUUGAGCGACGUCUCCCAGCAGUACGGCGAAGCUUUUCCUGACAACAAGCCAGAACUGGAGGCUCAUACGACGAGUCACAGCGUAGAGGAGCAGCCCUCUAAAUGCUCCGACUGUGAUGCCAGCUUCUUCGAAAGCUCCGCUCUCCAGAUCCAUCAGAGAGAACACCUUGGGGACGUGUCCCACGUUUGCCAUGGAUGUGGAGAGAAGUUCUCCAAUGCCUCUGACCUGGAGCAACACCAAAGUACCCACGGCAGGGAGGAGGAGCUCGCUAAGUGUCUAGAGUGUGGGGCCUGCUUUGCUGAGACUGCUGCUCUUGCUACACAUCAGAGAAUCCACCUGGAGGAGAAACCCCAUGGCUGCCCCGACUGUGGGGAGACGUUUCCCAGCAGCAGUGAGCUGACACUGCACCAGGCGGGACAUGUUGGCAAAAAAGACGAGGAAGAGAAGCCUUCCAAAUGUUCCGCCUGUGGUGCUUGUUUUCCUGAGGGUGCUGACCUCAUGACACACAAGAUGUGCCACGGAGCAGACGAGAGACCCCACGGCUGCCCCCAGGAUGGCAAAAUUUUCUCUGGUAACUCAGAGCUUGCGAUUCCCCAGCUGAGCCACCCGGCAGAGGCCUCGCUGGACAAGCCAUACUGCUGUGCGGUGUGUGGCAAAUCCUUCGCCCUCUUUGCCACGCUGGCAGCGCACGAGCGCACCCACAUGCCUGAUGACGACGCCUACCGUUGCCCCACGUGUGGAGAGCACUUUCCCGACAGUGGCAAGCUAGGGAGGCAUCAACGGCACCACUUAGGUGAGGAGAGGCCUUUCCGGUGCCCGGCUUGCAGCAAGGGCUUUGUGCUGCUUUCCGGGCUGCGGCAGCACCAGCGGGACCCUCCGGCCCGCUGCCCUCAGUGCGGCGAGACCUUCAUGUGGCGCUGCCGGCUUACCGAACACCGGCGCAUCUGCCACCCGGCGGAGCGCCCCUAUAAGUGCCCUGAGUGCGGCAAGGGCUUUGCGCAGAGCUCCAAGCUCUUGCGGCACCAGGUGACGCACACCGGCGAGAAGCCGUUUAAGUGCCCCGAGUGCGGCAAAAUCUUCAGCCAAAGCUCCAACCUCUCUGAGCACCGGCGCACACACGCCCCUGGGAAGGCUCACCGCUGCGCCAUCUGUGGCAAGGCGUUCGCCCUGGGUUCCUACUUGGCUAAGCACCAGGCCACCCACACGGGCGCCCGCCCUUUCCGGUGCACCGAAUGCGGCAAGGGUUUCCGGCAAAGCUCCAACCUCAUCCAGCACCAGCGCACGCACUCGGGUGAGAGGCCAUACGUCUGCGCCUCCUGUGGCAAAUCCUUCAUCCAGAACUCACACCUGGUCAAGCACCGGCGGGUUCACACCGCUGAAAGGCCCUACCGCUGCCCCGUCUGUGGCAAGAGCUUCCGGCAGCGUGGGAACCUCACCGAACACCAGCACCAGCACGCCGGCACCCGCCCGUAUGUCUGCGGUGCUUGUGGGAAGUCCUUCCGGUGGAGUUCAGCUUUCUCCAAGCACCAGCGAACCCACCUUGCUCCUUGACCUCCGAUUCCUGAUCUCUGGCCCCGUGAGGGGGAAAACAGCAGAAAGGUCCCCUAGCGUAUUUGGCCUUCUCCAAACCCCAAGUGACUUUGCUUCCUCCUGCUAACUUCCUGUGGCCAAACAGGAAGUUCUUCUUGGUGGUGCCUGGCCAUCUCUGAGCCCUACUUGAAGCAUCUCAUCCCUGACUUCAGUCUAAACAGAAAGUUCUUCCUGUGAAACUCAGUGUUCUUCGGGCACCAGCAGACUCAGGUUAGGCCCUGAUCCAGACCAAGCUGUUACUUGCCGACUCAAAGAUUGGCCUUUCACCUUAACUUAAACUGCAGCCUUUUGUGCCCUGAGCAACAGCAGCCCUCUGAGGUUGGUGGGCUGUUUUUAGUCCAGAGCUACCUCAUGAGUUCGGUGGCUGGCUGGAGAUUUGAGGGUAGUCCCAGAUCCUACACUCUUUGCUGGAUCCUCCCCUUCUUUCCCUCCAUUCUCAGCAUUAUGUCCGGCCUGGUGGCUCUCCAUAUCACCCACCCACCACCUUUUCCCUUUGGUUUGGAAAGGGUUAUUCCAUCACUAAUGCUCUUUGCUCAUGAAAGCUCUUGCCUUCUGGCUCUUUUAUGGAAUACUGCACAGGCACAUCUGGUUGCGAUUGAGGGAAAGGAAAGAGAGAAAGAAGGAGAGAAAGAAAAGAAAGAAAGAAAGAAAGAAAGAAAGAAAGAAAAGCCCUCUUCAGACAUUAUAACUUUCCCCUGCUGUAGCUGUGUGCAGUGGGGCAAAGAGAGAGGAAGUCCCACUCACACACAAUCCCCGCUCACACACAAUCACACACACAAUCACAAUCACACACAAUCCCCACCACUCACGGUCCCAACGGAGCUUUUUCUGAAGAGGGAGUUGCCCUCCCUGUGAUGGUGGGUGCUCCUGUGAUUGUAGGACCCAGUCUCGCAAUUAUGAGAGCACCCACCAUCAGGGGGAGGGCUCUGCCCUCUUCAGACAAGCCCCGUCCUAGUGAGCAGCAGGACUCGUGCGUGAGUGACGCUGUAGGGGUGGGACUUCCUCUCCCAUCGCCCCGCUGUACACGGCUACUACAGCGGGGCGAAAAUAGAAUGUCUGGACCUUGGCUGACUAAAGACAGUUUGCGAUCUUGUGAAAAUGGCCCAAGUCAGGAGUGGCCACCCGGAGGCUCUCCAGCUCUUGCUGGACUACAACUCCCAUCACCGCACCGCUGCAGUUUAUUGCAGUGGAGAAUGAUGGAAGUUGUAGUCCCACAACAGCUGGAGAGUCCCCCUGGCCUAGAUUAUUAAAAAGUCAAUUUGCAUGGUUUUAAUGCUUAAAUGAGCAAGAAAGGUUAAUUUCUGCCCACAGCGAAAUUAGAAACUUCUUUUCUUUUUAAAGGUUCUUUAUGUCCUCUUCUUCUCAGGGGUUGGGGUUGGAGGUGUGAAAAAUAUUUUAUUAAUUAAAAAACAUACUAUUGGGGGCCUCUAGUUUAGGGCAUGAUUUUUGGGGUGUGUGUGUGGGAAAUUCAUUUCCUGGGUGAAGAAUGGUAAGAUUUCUAGGAUAGGUUGGGGUUUCCCCCCUUCUCCCUUCUCAUCACUCAAAACCUGGGCUUCCUGCAAGUAGAACUCACCUAUAACUAUCUCCCCUCCCACACACCCACACAGUGGGCCGGGGGAACAAAAAUGAAAACAUUCUGAGCAGGCGUGGCUUGUGAACGCGCCUGUGGGGGCAGCGGGCGGCUUCUUUAAGGUACAUGGAGCCGGUGCUCC